GGAACAGCCUCCCCGACAAACACCCACCUCGACCCGCGGCGCGAGGAGCGAGUCGCCGCAGGAAGCUCGUGUCUCCGGCGGAGCAGCGUCUCCUCCCCGGGCUGCGGCUCCGCUCUCUGCCGGGAUGUGAGCGGACUUCACCGGAGGAGCGUCGACAGCAGCAGCAGUCAUGAACUACCAGCAGCAUCUCGCCAACUCGGCCGCCAUCCGGUCCGAGAUCCAGAGGUUCGAGUCCGUCCACCCCAACAUCUACUCCAUCUACGAGCUGCUGGAGCGGGUGGAGGAGCCGCUGCUGCAGAACCAGAUCCGGGAGCACGUCAUCGCCAUCGAAGAUGCGUUUGUGAACAGUCAGGAGUGGACGCUGAGUCGAGCCGUCCCCGAGCUGAAAGUGGGCAUUGUGGGUAACCUGGCCAGUGGCAAGUCUGCACUGGUGCACAGGUACCUGACGGGGACCUACGUCCAGGAGGAGUCGCCUGAAGGAGGUCGUUUUAAGAAGGAGAUCGUGGUCGACGGUCAGAGUCACCUGCUGCUGAUCCGAGAUGAAGGGGGCCCCCCGGAGCCUCAGUUUGCGUUGUGGGUCGAUGCCGUGAUCUUCGUCUUCAGUCUGGAGGACGAGACCAGCUUCCAGACGGUUUAUCACUACUUCAGCCGCCUGGCCAGCUACAGGAACACCAGCGACCUGCCACUGGUGCUGGUCGGCACGCAAGACGCCAUCAGCUCGGCGAACCCCCGAGUCAUCGACGACGGCCGCGCCCGCAAACUCUCCAACGACCUGAAGCGCUGCACCUACUACGAGACCUGCGCCACCUACGGGCUGAACGUGGAGCGCGUCUUCCAGGACGUGGCUCAGAAGAUCUCGGCCACGAGGAAGAAGCAGCAGUUAUCCAUCGGGCCGUGCAAGUCGCUGCCCAACUCCCCGAGCCACUCGUCCGUCUGCGCCCCGCAGGUGACGGCCGUCCACAUCCCGCAGACGAGUAAUGGCGGCGGCAGCCUGAGCGACUACUCGUCCUCGGUGCCGUCGACUCCCAGCACGAGUCAGAAGGAGCUGCGCAUCGACGUGCCGCAGGCCGCCAACACGCCCACGCCCGUCAGGAAGCAGUCCAAGCGCCGCUCCAACCUCUUCACCUCGAGGAAGGCCAACGAGCCGGACAAGGACAAGAAAGGCCUGGAGGCCCGGGCGGACAGCAUCGGCAGCGGGCGAGCCAUCCCCAUCAAACAGGGCAUGUUGCUGAAGAGAAGCGGAAAAACCCUCAACAAGGAGUGGAAGAAGAAGUACGUGACACUGUGUGACAACGGACUGCUCACCUACCACCCCAGCCUGCACGACUACAUGCAGAACGUCCACGGGAAGGAGAUCGACCUGCUGAGGACCACGGUGAAGGUCCCGGGGAAGAGGCCGCCGCGCGCCGUCUCCACCUGCGCCGCCGUGCCGAGCCCCAAGACCAACGGGCUGAGCAAGGACAUGAGCAGCCUGCAGCUGGGACAGACCCCAGGCACGGUGACCACCAGCACGUCGGUGUGUCAGAUGGCGAGCGGCCCCAGCCUGGUGUCCUUCAACAGCCGCGGCGUGGAGGGGAUGCACCAGCGCUCCUACUCCGUGUCCAGCGCCGACCAAUGGGCCGAGGCCACGGUCAUCGCCAACUCCGGAGUCAGCACGGACACGGGCCUCGGCGACUCGCUCUGCUCCAGUCCCAGUAUCUCCAGCACCACCAGUCCCAAGAUGGAGCCCCCGCCCUCGCCCCACGCCAACCGAAAGAAGCACCGGAGGAAGAAGAGCACCAGCAACUUCCGAGCCGACGGCCUCUCUGGUACUGCGGAAGAACAAGAGGAGAACUUUGAGUUCACCAUCGUGUCUCUGACGGGACAGACGUGGCACUUCGAGGCCACGUCCUACGAGGAGCGGGACGCCUGGGUCCAGGUGAUCGAGAGUCAGAUCCUGGCCAGUCUGCAGUCCUGUGAGAGCAGCAAGAACAAGUCUCGUCUGACCAGCCAGACGGAGGCGAUGGCUCUUCAGUCCAUCAGGAGCAUCCGAGGAAACGCUCACUGUGCCGACUGUGAAGCUCAGAGCCCCGACUGGGCGAGUCUGAACCUCGGAGCCCUGAUCUGCAUCGAGUGCUCGGGCAUCCACAGGAACCUGGGCACCCACCUGUCCCGGGUCCGCUCUCUGGACCUGGACGAGUGGCCGCUGGAGCUCAUCAAGGUCAUGUCGGCCAUCGGCAACGAGCUGGCCAACGGCGUGUGGGAGGCCAACGCUCAGGGACGCCUGAAGCCCGGGCCGGACGCCAGCAGGGAGGAGCGGGAGCGCUGGAUCCGGGCGAAGUACGAGCAGCGGCUGUUCCUGGCGUCGCUGCCGGGCACCGAGCUGACCCUGGGCCAGCAGCUGCUGAGGGCCACGGCCGAGGAGGACCUGCGCUCCGUGGUGCUGCUGCUCGCCCACGGCUCCCGGCAGCAGGUGAACGAGACGUGUGGCGAGGGGGACGGGCGCAGCGCCCUGCACCUGUCGGGACGCAAGGGCAACGUGGUCCUCACGCAGCUGCUCAUCUGGUACGGCGUGGACCUGAUGGCGAGGGACGCCCACGGGAACAGUGCGAUGGCGUACGCCCGGCAGGCCAACAGUCAGGAGGUGGUGGACACGCUGGCUCAGUACGGAUGUCCUGACGAGCGCUUCCCGCUCAUGGCCACGCCCAACCUGUCCCGCCGCAACACCAACCGCAACAACAGCUGCAGCAGCAGCGGCAGCACCGCCCUCAUCUGACCUGCAAACACACACACACACACACAUCUGGGAGAAUCCUCAUCGUUCAUUUUGGGAACCACUACCUGUUGUGACUCUGGAGCCCCGCCCACCUCACCUGACGACCACCUGACGGCUCGUCCAGACUGAUGUAAAGGUGACGCCAUGUUUGGGAGAAGAAACCCAAAGCAUGCUGGGAAAUGUGGUCUACGGGUGGCUCGUCAUUGGUUGAUCGGAGCUCCUCGGGAAAUAAUCACAUGACAUAUGGCGUCCAAUCAGGGCGCAGUCUGACGCUCUAUGGACAUCAUACCUCAUCACACUACACGGCCAGUUCCUGUCAAUCAAGAAUCCUCGAAAGACUUGUCCGGCUCAACAGCCAAUCAGAAUCCACGCCCUCUUUCUUGCCUAAACAUAUCGUCAAUGACAUGAAGACGAUAUCAAUGAACCGUGGGAGGACCCCCCCCCCCCCAGACUCCGCCUCCUCCUGCCGCUUUGUGUUUUUUAUUUCAUGUGAAAAAUAUCUAGAUGUAAAAGUUUUAAAGAAAAAUCACAGAUAUCGGAUCAGUUGUUAGCGUUAAACAGAAAAGUGAUAGAUCGCAUGUUUUCUAGAUCCAAGACGUUUCCCUGGUUGUGAAUAUUUCCCCCCCCCCCCCCCCACGUUCACGUCUUUCAGUUCAGAACUUAAUGAAACUUUGAGACUAAUUCUCACAUGAAUGUCACAUCCGGAGAAACUCGACUCAUCUCACUUGAUUUGCAGAAGAUUCGAUGAAGACAGUUUUUUUACUUUCUGAAAUUAACAAUUCCUCAAAAGGAGAUCCAUCUAAUUCACGUUUUAUUUAAAUCUGUCUUCAAAAUAUCUGCAAUUUAGUUUUCUUUUGAAGGACUCGAUGAAAAGAUGAAGAAUCUUUUUGUUUGUUUUAAACCGGAUUCACGUGCAGGUCAAAGGUUCGAUUCCCUGAAGUUUUAAAAAGUGUGAAAGUCGAGGAAGCAGCUACGAAGCAAAAAGGGAAACGAUCGGCUUCUUCUUCUUCAGGUGUUUUAUUUCUUGAUCCGACGAUGAAACAUGGACGUCAUGAUGUUUCCGUGUAUAAAUAUUUAUCUGUUGUAACUGUUGACAUCACAGCGGCUUCCCUCUCAGUCUGUGUCGUCCAAUCAGACGCCUGAUCUGCUCAGCGAAUCACUAAGAAGGGCUCCUUAUUCUUCUUUCUUGUAAAUAGUUUCCUCUUCCUCUCUUUUCUUCGUCACCUCCUGUGUUUCGUCAUGUAUGUAGAGAACACGUGUACUAAGCGUGUGCCGCCAUGUCGGGUUAGAAAAGGAACAUGGACUGAAUGUCGCGUGUUCAGAGCAGGAAACCAGCGUCUCAACCUGUGGUCCCUUCACUUCAGAGAACACCGCCCCCUAGUGGGCCGCAAGCUCAACCUGAAAUAAAACCAUCUCCUUUACGAACGUCACUUAAAAGCUCAGGAAAGUUCAAAUAAUAAAAACACUACAAAAUAAAACGACUCAAAGUCCAGAACACAAAUGCGACAAGUUAAAGUCAGGACGCUAAACGUUUCCGUAUCCAGGUGCCAAAAGGGGAGGAGCCACCGGUUUAAAGACCUCAAAUGAAUCGUGAAUGUUGAAAGUUAAUUUCAGGUGUUUUCACAUUUAGACAAAAUUGUAAAGAAGAAAAAAAAAAAAACAUGGAUGUAGAAGUGACUGUUUAGUUUUUUUUCGUAGCUGGAUGUAAAACGUGUCGACUGAACGCUAACGAUCAGGAGAGAAGCUCCUCAAGGUCAUGUGACCUUUUCAAUCUUUAAACUCAGCUGCUGUUUCAUCCCGAACGUUAUCGUGAAGCAGCGGCUCAACCCGACUUUGUAUCCAAGCAAUAUUCAAAAUUCACAUCGUUGUAACGUCAACACUGACCUCGCUGCAAUAUUUACAUUGAAUACACUGCGUGAACAGUCAGUCGUCAACGUAAACACUAGCAUUUUCCUCUUAAAGCCUUUUUUAUUUUAUGUCCCAGCUUCGUCUCGUACGUGCCACGCCCCCUUUCCCACAGGUCAUCUCAAAGAUGGCGUCUUAUUCACUAAGGGGCUGAACUUUGUUUUAUUUUGUGUUUUUGUGUCCAACAUGUCCCUCGUCCGUCUUCAAGAAGGACGAAGGCAAAGACCUCCGUUUAUUUAUGACAGAAAUGCACUAACUCUGAUUCAGUCCGUCUUCAACCCGAACUCUGUCCACUACAGUUUCCUGUUUUUUGAUUUUCACGUUUAUUAAGUGGCAGCAGCUUCUGACGAUUUCUUCAUAACGGAUUUUUUUAUUUUUACGUUCUGAACUUGAACAUUCUGUGUUUGUUUUUCUUAAACUUGACAUAAACAUCAAAAGUUGAAAACGUGUAAGGCUUGAAACAGCCAAUCGCCAGCUAGCGCCCGUUAGCUUAGCAACAAGCUGCGUGUUAGUGCACUUGUUUUCCUCAAACUAAAACCAAACGUGAAAAGUUGAAAAAUGUUUUGAGACUAAAAACCUCCUGUGAAGCUCCAGGUGCAGCUAGCGUGUGUUAGCUAAACUAAGCUAAUGGUCAUUAGCGUGUUGCAGUGUGUUUUCUAGCUGUUAGCUCUGCUAGGAUGAAGCUCUAGAUAGAGCGACUGAAGCUGCGUGUAAAUAGAUCCGUCGCUUUCGGAAGACGCUGCUCGUCACUUGUGCGUAAACUUCAAACUACAAACCAAGAAAACACAACUGUGCGGUCACCAUCUGGUUUGUCUGGUUGUGUUACCUCAUGUGUGCUUUACCUUGAGCCCCCCCACUCCCGGGCUGCCCCCCCCCACAUUAUUUAUAAACGCACCUAGCCAGGAAGACUCCGCCCACUCUAACCUAUGUUUUUGUACUUUUCUCUCUGACCCUUCGAGUCCAUCCAUGUUUUACUAGAAUCCUUUAUCAUCCAGACACACUAUUGUUAUUCUAAUUAUUAUUAUUGUUAUUGACUUUUGUUGGCUGUACAGUACCGUUGUUGAAAAACUUUACCUAAUACAGAGUCUUCUACUGUAAUGUGUCUCUUUUCAAUAAAGACGAGAAUAAUGCUUCGUAAGAUUUU